CUCUACGUACAGUAACCCAAACUGUCUGAUCACAGAGACAGACCUGAAUUUCUACGGAAAUUUCGAACAAGAAUUUCGAAAAAGUUUCGUAGAAUCAUCCGAAACAAUGGAGAGUUACAAUGCGUGCAGCGUCAAAGCCGAUACAGGGAAGGCUCCAACUAGGUUACAACAGCGUGCCCCGGCGUCUCUUCACCUUGAUGAAAUUGCAAGCACUGCCUCGACCAACCCUUCAUCAAACGAUGACGCCACAAUGACAAUCCCAUUACUGUCUCCGGUACUCAUUCCAUCCCCGCAUCCAGUGGCAGUAGCGAUGGAAAAAGCCGGUGAUCAGAACGUGAGUAGUAUUGCACCGCCUUUUCCUGCUGCAGGGGGGUGGCAACACCCGGCUGUGGGUCCUUUUGUGGAUCCCUCAACGUUGUUUGCCAUGUUUCAAACCCAGUGCAUGAUCGCAAACCAAGCGCGGUACUGACAUUUAAAGAUUUCAACUUGAUGCCUUGAGUUUUCGGACGAAAAUUAAUGAUUAGGGCCUGUGUUUUGAUGAGGCUUUGCCUGCCUGCUGCAUUGUGUAGAACAGAGUACAAAUCAUUCUCAAAUAUUAACCUGCAUUUCUCCACGGUUUCUGAUUAUAUUUGACUUCAUGAUUCCGUA